AUUUAUAACCAAUAUGGCAAUAUGGUAUAGAUAUGGAACCGGACAUUGCAGAUAAGAAGCCUGAUAAACAACUGAUUGUCAAAAUGGCUGGUUAUUUAGAAAAAAAGGGUAGAAUGAGAGUUGUUGGCGUACGUCGUUGGAAAAAAAGAUGGUGUGUACUUGAAGGCAAACUGUUGUUGUAUUUUAAAACUCAAUUAGAGUACUCUCAUCAUUUGUCACCUUGCAGAGGUUCAGUCAACAUGGGACUUGCAUUGUCUAUAGCACCACGGGGUCCGUGUCAACUGCAAAUCGUCACUAGAUCUCAAAUUAUAAUCUUCAGAACGAAAUCGAAAUCUGACCUAGAUGAAUGGUUUGCUGCUUUGCGAGAUGCUAAAAAUAAUAAUUUGGCUUUUAUUCGCGACCGAAAUUUGUCUAUUAUGGAAACGAACUACCAGUUAUCCUACCGRAUACCUUUAGUUGAUCCCAACUCCAAUAACUACAGUGUCAUAAACGAAAAUCACUUGCGAUAUUGCAGAMCAGUUGUUAGACAGUCGUUUGCAACACACAAUCAGCAGAAUGACAUUCGUCACGUUAUGGCCAUCAACAGGAAAUCGUUGGCACUGCGGAAAUCAGAAUCUGACCACCGGAUAAGUUUCUACAGGAAGGUUCACGGCCUCGUUCGUACCGAGACAAUAGCUGGAUCGUAUCCGAUGAGCGACAAGGGAUCUUGUCGUUCGAGAAGUUUGUCAUACGAAAGCAUUUAUUUUAAGCCACAGGAAAAGUGUACGCCAAUUGAACCUGUGAAAUCUCAAAGCUGUAGAGAACUUAUGCCCAAGAUCGUAAGACAGUUGUCUGAUAAAUGUACGAAUAACUGUGUGUCAAAAAGGAUCAGUAGAUCGGUAUCGUUUUUCGGAAGGCGUCGCGAAGAUUCUGAUUCCGACGAUUAUGACUAUGUUGAAAUUGUACCAAACGACACUACUAAAAACUAUUCRGCACCAAUUACAGAAGAUGACAAAUCCGAACUACAUCCAGAGUUACCUCCUCAUUAUGAGACUAAAAAAGACGACGAAAACACUUCGAUGUCAACAUACGGAGAAUUUCAUAAUCAAGAAGUAAAUGUGGACGUUAUAUAUGUAAAUAACGAUCGUAAAAUGAAAAUGUUUACAAGUGAAUCGGAAUCAGAUUUCAUACUCGAAAAUAGGACUGAGGAAUCAGUUGAUGUGGGAAACGAGCCACCACCUUUGCCUAUAAAAAACAAACAUAAACAAAAUGUUUUAUUUGACGAGAAGCCACAAUAUAAAAUAAUAGAUGGUGUUUACGUUUUUAAAAAUGGCUCUAAAGAAGUGAUCUACGACGUUCCUAUUCCCCAUGGAAAACUUAUCGAACAUAUUCGUCGAUUGACCAUAACUUCCACGUCUUCGCCGGUCAAGCAUUACAGUGACAACGUCGCGUACCAUGAUUCAUUGGAGCCUUCGGUUUAUGAAACGUUACAAAUGACUCCUGACUCGUUAGAAAUUUCAAUGAUGUUUCCCACGUAUAAGAGAUGGUCAAACGAUUCGGGAUUCAAUAAUUACGAAGAACAAAAUUCGUUUUUACCUGAUCAUACCAAUUUUGAAGAUUCCUUAGAACCGGUCAUAACCAUGAUACACCAUGAUCGCAAAAUAUGGCAAAACGUGCCAAAUAUCAACUCUGCCGACUACUUCCAUUGACUGUAGUAUAAUAUAACGUAUUUAUAAGCAUUAGAAAAUGUAUACGUGUUGUGAUUUUUUAUUUUUUUAAUGAACUUUCCAUUGUAACAGAUAUACUCUUGUUAUUUGUAUAGUUGUAUAUAAUAUAAUAUUAUCUAGGUAUAUGAUUCCAUUGAUUCCAACAAAUUUGUUGUGCAGAAUAUAUUAUAUAUUGUUUUGUUUUAUAACACUGCAGUUAGUACGCUGAAUUAUGGUUUUAACAACAGUUUUAAGCUUUGAAUAUUAUAGGGACAUUUUAAAUUUAUUAUUCUAAUUAUUUCCAAUUACAAAAUUGUCUCAAUAAAUAAAAGCUUAACAAAGCACAUUUUGCAUGCAACCAGUGUUCGGAACGUUAAAAAUUUUUUUAAUUCGUUCUUGUUUAGAGUUUAAAAAAGGAACUAGGGCAUGUUCGUGAUGGUUUUUUUAAAUGAACAUAUUCACGUUCACGUUUGUUGUUUUAUGUCAAGCCACCCUACUAGAAU